AUGGCUACUAUGACUACCAUUCCCACAUCUCACCCUUCAGCCUCCCAGCAUGGGACUGAAUCGAAAGACCAAGGAAUAAUGCCUCACUCACUAAAUGAACCAAUUACCUGGAGAAACCUGCAUCGCCGAAUCGACUGGCUCAACAUGACCUUAGUGGUCAUCAUCCCACUCCUGGGUCUUAUCCAAAUGCCCUGGACUCCUCUUUAUCGACAAACCCUCCUAUGGUCUGUGUUCUACUAUCUUGCUACUGUUAGCUCCAUCACGGGUGGAUACCACCGUCUAUGGGCUCACAGAGCAUACACCGGCUCAACACUGCUGAGAUUGAUCUUCGCAGCCUUUGGCGCAGGUGCAAUCGAAGGAUCCAUCAAGUUCUGGGCUCGCGAGCACCGCGCCCAUCAUCGGUAUACAGACACAGACCGAGACCCAUACAACGUCCAAAAGAGUAUCGCACACGCCCAUAUCCUCUGGAUUAUCCUGAAACAACCCAAGAAGAACAACCGGGUGGAUAUAUCCGACUUGAAGAACGAUCCUAUCGUGGUCUGGCAGCAUAACAACUACCUCUUCGCCGGGCCGUUCAUGGCCUGGAUCUUCCCAAGUCUCGUUGCUGGGAUAUUCUGGGGAGAUUGGUAUGGUGGGUUUGUUUAUACGGGUAUCGUGCGGACGUUUCUCGGCCAGCAGGCUACGUUCUGCAUUAACUCACUGGGCCAUUAUCUCGGUGAACAGCCGUUCGAUGAUCGGCUUUCUCCGCGGGAUUCCUUCAUCACUGCUAUCGUCACCCUUGGAGAGGGGUAUCAUAAUUUUCACCAUGAAUUCCCGUCUGACUACCGGAAUGGCGUUGACUGGCAUCAGCCUGACUGGACAAAGUGGCUCAUCUGGGCCUUUGCCCAGCUAGGUCUAGCACAGAAUCUGAAACGCUUCCGACAAAGCGUGAUUGACAAAGGACGGCUUCAGCAAGAUAGCAAGAAAAUAGAGCAAAGACGAGCUCAGUUGGAUUGGGGACCGUCUAUCGAUCGCCUGCCUGUCAUGGAGUGGAUGGAGUUCCAGGAGGAAGUCAGGAAGGGCAAGGCAUUGGUGGCUGUUGAAGGGGUAAUUCAUGGUGUGGAUAGGUUUAUAGAAGACCAUCCAGGGGGUGAGGCUAUUAUUCGAUCUUUCAUAGGCAAGGAUGCAACAUCUGCGUUUAAUGGGGGCGUGUAUGACCAUUCCAAUGCGGCGAGGAAUAUGAUUGCCACGAUGCGAGUAGCUGCUCUUCGAGGAGGAGGAGAGGUGGAGAUUUGGAAGUAG